AUGGCUUCCAAAGUCUGGCAGCAUCCCUAUGUCAACAUAUUUAAACAUUAUAAGGUUGAAGAGUGGAAGAAAACAACUAAAGAGGGUGACGUCACUACGUUCAUGGACAAAACUCUGAAAUGCCCAGUGUUCAGGAUCAAGGGCCCCAUUCCUGCCAACAGCUACAUUCUACUGCCCAAAAGCAGAAGCCAGAGCCUUGGGUUGACUGGAAAGUACUUCUACCUGCUUUUCCGGCCUGCCCCCUACAAAUAUUUUGUCGUCCACUUAGAUAUUGUUGCAGAGGAGGGCCAGGUGGUGCGCAUCUCAUUCUCAAACAUGUUCAAAGAGUUCAAGUCAACUUCUACCUGGCUCCAGUUUCCGUUCCUUUGUGGAGCCGCAAAGGAUUCCGUUUAUGAGAACACCGCUAAAGCCGCCAGACGAGGUUUAACCGGUCCCGCCCCGUCUUCCGUGCGCUGGACCUGCCUCAUGCUGGAUCUUCAGUCCGUACUUUCCACAUACUUGAACCGCAGCUACAAUCACCUUCAGACCAUUAAACUCUGUGCUAACAUGACUGUGAAAAACAUAUUCACCAGCGACCUCCUGUUUAAUCCUGGUGUGUCGUUCAGCGAAGCCAGACUCAUGGGACUGUCCUCGUCUCGGGGGACCGGUCCUGACCCCAGGGACAUGGCCUUUCCUGUGCCCAGAGGAAGUUCCUGGCAUGACCUUUACGACUACAUCAGGUUCCCGUCAGAAGGCGUGAAGUUACCGUUUGACUCGAUUCAAAAAGAAGAACACGCACACACCGGGGCCGCCUCUAACCCCCACUGUCCAGUCAGAGAAAGACCUCCCUCCGCUUCCCUCUGCAAACCAGUUCAGGAUGGUGUUUCUCUAAUACAACACAUUACUUCUCCCAAACCAUUUCCCAGAGAGCAGUUUCUUGUGGUCCCUGACAUUCCGUCUCUUCCUGUGGUGUCUUCUCACCUGGACAUGUUCCCUGACAGUAAUGAUGACCUGCUUCAAAAAGAGUCCCCAUUUCCUGCUCCCUGUCGUUCUGAGGAUGGGAGCCCUGUGUUACUGCCGUCUGAUGAUCUCUCUGAAACGCAGCAUGAAAGGGAAGAGAUGUGUACGACUAACCCUCGAACACUGGCAGAAAGCAAACAGCAGAAGCUGGCUCCCGAUCCGAUUCUCCGACUCCGACAAAUUAUAGGUUUUGGAGGUGCCACAAACAAACAUGCACUUUGGACCAAAUCCAGUGAUGAGGUGGUGUAUCCGUGCCACGCCGUCAUCGUCUCUAUGAACGUUACUUCAAAGAGGCAGAGGUUCUUUAUCGGUCACACUGACAAGGUGUCUGCUCUCGAUGUCAACGCCAGCUCGACCCUUCUGGCCUCGGCUCAAAGCGGCGAGCACAGCGUUGUCCGGAUAUGGGAUUUCCAAAGAGGAGACUGCCUUUCUACGAUAAGGAAUCAUGCUCAUUCUUUGUCCUCGCUCAGUUUCUCGUUCAAAGGAGGCGUUCUGUGCGGCGUUGGCAAAGACCGUCAUUGUAAAACGCUGGUGGUGGCGUGGAGCACGGUGAAGGUGCAGAAGGAGAGGGUCGUGACGGUGAUGGCGAAGGCUCACAGCGACGUCCCCAUUAACACAUUUAAAGUGUCCUUCUUUGAUGAAACCAGAAUGGUGUCGUGUGGUCGUGGCAGUGUGCGUCUGUGGCGGAUGCGUAAUGACACGCUCCGAUCGUGCCCUGUCAAUUUGGGUGAAUACCAUUCAGAAGAUUUCACAGAUGUUUCCUUUGAAGAGGGAGGCUCUUCCUGCCAGCUCAAAGAGGAUCGAACUCUAUACGCAAGCAGUCGCAGUGGAUAUAUAUUUGAGAUUGACUACAGUAGAGUUGAAAUCAAAACAGUGCGAAAACUGCAGCCUACUCAAGAGCAGCAUGAAGGCCACAGGGAUAAGUGGACCUUCAAAACGGGUCCAGGCAUCUCAAUCAACAGCAUCUGUGUGUGCACCUCAUUCUGUGCCACAGGCUCCGAGGACGGCUUCCUACGGCUCUGGCCUCUUGAUUUUUCCUCUGUUUUUCUCGAAGCUGAGCACGAGGGCCCUGUCAGUUCUGUGUCAGUGUCCUCCGAUGGCCUCCAGGUUUUGGCAGCUACGUCCAAUGGGAUCCUGGGGUAUUUGGACGUAAGCACCCGUUGUUAUAACACGCUGAUGAGGUCCCACACAGACAGUGUCUUGGGCUUCAGUCUGGAUGGUGUUAGUAGAUAUUUGACUACCGCCUCCUCGGAUGGCACUGUGCGGAUCUGGAAUCUGGAUUCUUUGCAUCAGCUGUAUGACUUUGUGUCUGAGGACUGCCCCUGUGCUGUGGCCUUUCAUCCCAGUGAACAGGUUUUCUCCUGUGGCUUCAUCUCUGGCAUCAUCAGAGUCUUUGACAUUCCCAAAGCAAAGCUCUUGGCAGAACAUAAGCAUUACAAAGGUGCAGUUGUUGGCCUGGUGUUCUCCCCGAAUGGAAGGUUCCUGUACAGUGCUGGUUCUGAGGGCUCGCUGGUACAGUACGCUGCUAAUAAAGACCACUCUGCAGUUCGAGUUAUGUGUGACAUGGUCGCUCGUGGCACAGACCAUUCUCCAGAUGCGGUGACGGUCAGCCAGGACAGCUACUGCGUGGCGUUUGUCGGACCCUCAGAGUACAUUGUGACUAUCGCUGAUGCACAGACCUUAGAUGAGCUGCUUCGUGUGGAUGUAAGUGUUUUGGAUGAGAAGACUACUUUAGAUUCUGCACUGAAGGUCUGCUUUGCCGCGGCCUCCACACACUUGCUGGUGUCAACUUCUGCUAACAAAGUUCUCUGGAUCAGCACUAAAACAGGCUGUGUUCUUCGGGAGGUGUCAGAGGUCGGCGUGUGGCCGUGCUCGUCUUUGGCGGUCAGCGAUGACAGCCGCUUCCUCCUGACUGCAGGACGUAACUCUGUCAAAGUGUGCGAUUAUGACUCACCACAGAGAUCACAGGUGUUCAUCGGCCACAGUCGGCCCGUCCUGCAGGUGGGCUUCACUCCGGACCAGAAGAGCGUCGUCUCUGUUGGAGAUGCUGUAUUCAUCUGGGACUUCCUCGCCGGACUCGAAGACUCUUCACCUGCGAGAUCUCCUCUGAGACUGGGCGGCGGGAGUGCACCUGCAGAUCAGUGGUCCAUCAGCGUUCCUCGACACGCUGCCCCUGUGCCCUCUUCUCCACAGCAGCCGGACUUCUGCAGCAUCAGACCAUUGGAUCCUGAAGGUGCGGAUCCUCUGAAAAACAGUCCUUACCUCGGCUCCCAGCUCCGUCAGUCAAACAGAUCUCCGGCUUCUUUCCUCAAAGUCACAGAGGUCCAGAGCGCCUCCCCCCUCCCCCGCCACCUCGAUAGUGGAGACGUGCCAAGACCUUCAGUACGACCCGAUUGCUACCGGCAUUUUGUUCCACGUUUCCAGAACUCCAUGUCGGAUCAGAAUGCUUCGAUGCCGCGACCGGGAGACGGACACGAAGACCUAAAGCUAAAAGCAGUCAUAGGUUACAAUGGCAAUGGAAGGAGCAAUGUGGCGUGGAGCCCUGAGAAAGGGUUGUUGGUCUAUUCUUGUGGCGCCGUAGUUGUGGUGGAAAACCUUCACACAGGAACCCAGAGACAUCUCCAGGGACACCAGGAGAUUUCUUGUCUCGCAAUAACACACGAUGCACAGACCGUAGCAUCAGGAGCUGGUGGAACAAAUGGAAUCCACGGUCAGAUUUGUAUUUGGGACAUCGAGAGUGGAGCGUGUCGCAAACCCGUCUCCCAUCACAGAGGAGCCGUGCAGUGUGUGGCGUUCUCCAGAGACGACCGUUUCUUCCUCUCCGUGGGUGAUUACUGUGAUCCAGGAGUGGUGCUGUGGAGCUGCUCCUCUCUUCAGCUGCUGUUCAGUGUCAGAGUGUCGGGACCUCUUCAUGAAGCGGCCUUUAGCCCUUCAUCAGCGAGCCAGCUGGCCUGUGUGGGGAGCCAGGGCGUUUAUUUCUGUCUGAUCCACGAACGUGCUGCAGAUGUGGAACUCUCGGUAAGGCUUAAAUGA